CUGCAUACGGUUGCGUAAAACGGCGUACAAUUACCACAAGGGAUCUUGGUAUUGGAAUGUUACGACUUCAUUUCGUUGUCCAUACUUUGCCUUGUAUGGGAACAUCAUGGCCACUAUAUAGGCACGUGGUUGAGCCGGGCUGCUUCAUUGCGCUGGCCUAUCUACCCGUUCCUAUUCACGGCUUCAUUGCGGAAAAACUGGCCGGCCUUCCCAGCCACACGGUGACGGUAGUGGGCACUAAGUGUCGUUUGCCUGCGUCACAAAGAUGCGCAAGAAGCGUCUUCAACGUGUUUGUUUUUGUUCGUCGUCUCGUUUUUUGUUGAUGAAUUUGAUAAAAGACUCGUUUCGAGUUCCAAAUUAGUUUUUUUUUGUGUGUGUUUUUUUUUAAUGCUCGUCAGCCGCAUUAUUUAUGUUGUGUUUCGCCCACUAUUAUAGAAUUAUUGGCCAACUCUUUUGCGACUUCAACUUUCCUUUUGUGAGCAAACUUCCAGAGUCGAAAAGGCUCGUUUGUCGUCAUCCUGAGAGCAAAAGCAGCAAAUACUUUCGCCAAGUUGUUGUUGAGGAACAGAGGUGAGAGCGACGACGGCGUUUUCUUUUCCUUCACCGACUUCAUUUGCGCUCUCCUUGGCAGCUAGCUUUGCUAACGUUAGCCUUUUCCGGUGAGCAUCGAACAAAGUCAGCUUGACAAGAACUACAGUCAUUAUAAGUUUGAUGUAGAGCUUUGCAAGGGACCUAAGGACACUUGGUAAUAAAACAAGGGGGCAGGGGAGGGGAGGUGAAAUUCCAAUCUCUUUCUGUGUUUUCAUGUGAUUAAUUGUAUGUCUUGGGUGCCAGAGGAGUUUCUUCUUUUGAAAUGUCCACGGAAGCAGCAUCGCAUUGAGGAAGGAGACAUUUCCAAAGCUUUAGGGCACUGGUGUCAAACUCAAGGCCCGGGGGCCACAUCCAGCCCGCCACAUGAUUUUAUGUGGCCCGCGAAGGCAAAUCAUGUGCGUCAACUUCCAUGAUUCUUGUUCAAAUCUGUACCACAAUUUAAAUAACAUUGAGAUAUUGCACGCAUUUUUGUGUUACCAAAUAUGAACAAUAGUUGAAAAACCCAUUACCCUUGAUUUCUGCUUCCAAAACUAGUUUAUAAAUUUGGGGUGAAAUAUGAUGAGGUGAUUCGGCUGUUAGGCUGUUACAGCCGAACGGGGGGGUGAAUAAAAAAUGAGGAGGUGAAGAUUUUUGUGGAUUAUAGUCAUAACGGCCCUCUCAGGGAAACCGUAACUACAAUGUGGCCCGCGACAAAAAUGAGUUUGACACACCUGCUUUAGGGGGAGAAGGCUGUGGGGAGUUUGAUGGCGAGGGUGGCCAACGUCCCAUCCGGGCGGGCACAGGUGGAGGGAUGGAGGAGGGUGGCGUUGGCAUUUCAAAGCUAAGUUUGACUAAUGAAUAUUGUAGUAGGUAUGUUACUAAAUCCAGAAAAGCAGCCGCCAUUUUCUUUCUAUUUGGCUGUGCCGGAUGUCGGGCAUGUGGAAUAAGCGGAGGUCCACCAAAAUCGUGUUUUCUCAUUGUUUGGCACAAGGUAAUCCUUGUACUUUUGAGAUGACGUUGUGGGGAACUCCCUAUACCACCUCGUUUUUGAAAUUAUCAAUUAAGGUGAGAUUUUCUGUGGUUCUGACAAAGAUGAAAAUGUUCCUUGAUUUUGGCAUCGAAAAUCACUCGGUCAUCGGAUUCGGACAAGAUAGAAAACUACACGGACGUGCGUCACUGUUAUUAUUCUUGGGUUCUGUGAACUUUGAAGUAAUUCUGACCAUGCGCUUGCUCUCAGUUUGACCCAGAAAAUUAGAUCCUCGAACGGACGCCACCAUUGAAAAAUCGGAAAAUGGCCUAUUUAAACAUCACAUUUCAACUACUUUGACUAACAUAUGGGCAUUUUUCUACCAAAGAGUCAAGGUUUCCUCAUGAUUUACAUUGAUUUCUGUCAAAAAAGCCGUUAGCUUGAGAACUUUGUAACUUCAGGUGUUAACCGCCAAUAGUAAUGAAUCGGCAGCCUUCAUAAAACAUUUGAGCCCCAAGUCCUUUUUUGUUCAUGAUUAUUCAUAUUCCUAUGCAUGUUUGUUUACCAGAUGUAUUAUUAUCGCUAUGACAACGCUGAGGUCAGCUGCUGCUACAAAUACCUCAUGUUCACUUACAACAUCGUCUUCUGGCUGGCUGGCGUGGUCUUCAUCGCGGUGGGUUUUUGGGCGUGGAGCGAAAAGGGGAUCCUGCUGGACCUGACGCAGGUGACCCGUCUACACGGUUUGGACCCGGUGUGGUUGCUACUGCUGGUGGGCGCCGUCACUUUCAUCCUGGGAUUUGCGGGGUGUGUGGGAGCACUCCGAGAAAACAUCUGCCUGCUGAAGUUUUUUUCCGGCGUGAUUGGCUUGAUCUUCUUCGUGGAGCUGGCGGUCGCCGUGCUGGCCGUGGUUUUCCAGAGUCAGGUGCGGGAAUGGAUCAACGGCUUCUUCCUGGCAAACGUCAAAGCGUACCGAGACGACAUCGACCUGCAGAACCUGAUCGACUCGCUGCAGAGGACGAAUCACUGCUGCGGCGCGCAAGAACCCGACGACUGGGACGUCAACGUUUACUUCAGCUGUAAAGGAACGCAUCAAAGCAGAGAGAAGUGCGGGGUUCCGUUCUCCUGCUGCGUCGCCGACCCUGCCGACUCCGUGCUGAACACUCAGUGUGGCUACGAUGUGAGAAACAAGGACAAGGCCGAGUGGCAGGAUCACAUUUACGUGAAAGGUUGCAUUGCGGCGCUGGAGGACUGGUUACCUGCAAAUCUUUACACACUAGCCACUGUCUUUGUGGUCAUCUCUCUGCUGCAGGUGGUGGGCAUCUACCUGGCCAGGUCGCUCAUCUCGGACAUUCAAAAAGUGCGAUUGUCCUACUGAACCCGCAACGGUGGCGUGGCCGCCUUGUUUCUUCUCUGCGGGCUUGACGGCGAUGGAGAAGAGGACUUUGCUUCAGCUCUGCAGCGCCGCCUCACUGCUGACAGUUGAGCUGCAGCUUUUUUUGCCUUUUUUCUGUGUUCAGGCUUUCGCUCAUAGUGCGUGACGGCAGACUGAUGUCAUGUGACGUCGUCCUUUCAAAUAAAGUUGCAGACCUUAAAAGACAAACAGGAAGUGGAGGGUGACAUGACUUGUUGCUUUUACACUGGAUUCCUUAAGCGCUGACUAAAUGUGACUGAAUGUGAGUGUUACAUAUAUUAAAGAAACUUUUUAUACAUGCA